AUGGACAAUCGGCGCCCAAUGCAGUUUCCCCAACCCGUUAGGGCCCCAGCAAGCAUCAAUUCACUCCCGACAGAGGUUUUGCAUAUCAUCGCACAACACCUCGCCGUCGAACCUGAUGUGACCACAGGAGACCAGACAGGACUGAGAAGGCGAAAUCCGUGUCCACUUUGCCUGGUGUGCAGGAGGUUCUGCCCGACUGCCGUGCGCGCUCUGUACGAGUUCGUGCACAUUACGGGGACCAAGCAAUUGGAACUUUUCUUCAACACAGUCGAGUCCCAACCCGAACUAGGACAAGUCCUCAACACGACCACGAGACUGAAGUCGCUGUCACUCGACCUCAAGGAAUGCACCAAGUGUUUCCGGAAUAGCGGCCCGGAAGACAUUGCUGCCGGAAGGCCAAAUGACGGCUACGACACGUUCUACAAACGAGUAAGGGCGCGCAUAGGGAAUGAUUUAAAAACUAAACGUCAAACAUUCCUCCCAGUUCUCGAAGAAUUCUGCUUCACAAGCAAUGGCAUACCAUACAUGCAUUGUGUAUUCUUUGCACUUCCGUCACUGAGAAGCGUAAUCUCGAUGAGGGACACAGGAGCGUGGUCAAUGAUCCUCGCCUCGGACUAUGACAUCGGAACCCAGAAUCCUCACAUCAAGAAACUCUCACUGAGGAGCUCUGCUCUCAUCCCAUCCGAGGCAGACGUCAUACGCCGGUCCUUCCCGAAUUUGGAGGAAUUCGAGUUCUCAACCAAUGCCCAGGAGAUGAAUUGCCAAGUGUUUCCAGGCGGACUCACUGAGGUCAAUCCGGAUCGGCUGAACCUAAGCGCCACUCUAGCCAAGAUGCAACAUCUCUGUUCUCUAGCAUUAGGGCUACACUUCCGCAGAGCACCAGCGCUCGCACGAAUCAACUUUCCUAUGCACCUGGGCCCAGCCGGCGGCAUCACCAGCCUGGGAGGGCUGCGCAACCUUACCUACCUGCAGAUCGGGAUGCACCACCUGAUGUGUUACCGAGGCGAAAACAGCCAGCCCCAGGCUGAGCCCCUACCGCCCAGUGUUCUGCCGCCGAAUCUCGAGCAUUUGCAGCUCAACACGUGCCUUAGCUGCUGGGACAACCAAAUCGCCGCCCUCUCGCGAGAUGCGUGGCAGCAAACCUUGCCCUCGUACGCGGCCGGGGCGACGCUCACGUUCGUCAAGUACCUCGCGGCGUAUGUGAGUGCCGGCUCUGGGCUCCCGGGCCUUAGGGACGUCCGCCUCUACUCCCAGACGGCGUGGUGGCUUGCCCAUCGCGUGGACUACAGGACUGUGAGGCACUGCAAGGAGGAGGAGGGCCAGAUCUGGAACGCGGGCGGCUUCGAGGAGUUCUGUGGGAUCUCGCGCUUCGAGAACCGAACGCCUCGCAUCCACUUCCGCGCGUACGAGACUGGCGAGUAUGGUUGUGACCAGCAUCAACCUUAUGAUGAUCAAUGA